AUGAGCGCGUAUGUAGGUAAUGCGUUUAAAUGGGUGAAAAGGGACGGAUCUUGGAAUUACGUUCACUUCUUUUUCACAUCUGAUCAGGGGCCUGACUUCCAGACUGGGGAGAAGGCCAAGAAUCCCAGUGCUGGAGAUAUAGACUCAGCAACUAGGGAUCUAUAUGAGGCUAUUGAACGGGGUGAGUAUCCUAGUUGGACAGCACAUGUGCAAAGUGUGGCACCUGAGAAUGCCCAUAAGCUAUCAUUCAAUCUUCUCGAUGCGACCAAACAUUGGAACAUACAGAGUUACCCACGGCAUAUCCCCGUUAUCCCACCUCGGCAAUUAGGAAAGUUGACCCUAACGCAAAGCCCCAAAGACUUCUUCACGGAGGUUGAACAAUUAGCAUUCUCCCCUGCCAACCUUGUGCCCGGAGUCGAACCAUCAGAAGACCCAAUACUGCAGGCACGUUUAUUCGCAUACAACGAUGCCCAACGCUACAGGCUAGGAGCAAGCAGCCAAGACCUACCGGCUAAUCGCCCAAAGUCCGGUGCAGCCAGCACAGAUACCAAUUUCAGUACUACAGCUCAUGUUAAGACCCACAUAGACGCUGAACAUGACGCAUGGCUGGCCCAAACUUCCGCUCGGGCCUGGUCCCAGCCAAAUGAGGAGGAAUACAAGUUUCCCAGAGAAUUUUGGGAGGUUCUUACGGAGCUGCGGAGUGCCGAGUUUCAGAACAGUAUUGUUGUUAAUAUAUCCAAGCUCUAG